UUGUGCUCCUCAUUUUUUAGUGAAUUCUCAGUUCUCCUUUUUGUGUUUUAGACGCUGGCUCAGACUGCUGCGUGUGUAAAGGAGGCGGCCUGCUAUGACGUAGCCGCUCUCUUGUAGUCAUACUAGGGUCUGGUCCGGGCGUGGCUUCUCAUGGUGGGGGAUUUGGUGAUAGAGUUACUCACUGCUGCACCAUCACUCCUUUUGAAUGCCGUGGUAUUUUGCACCUCCCUUCACCACUUGUACAUUUUCAGUUUGCCUCUUUUCUUGAUUUGGUGUGUGUAUGAAUGUGUGGCACGGAGCGUAGUGAGUGCUCUAUUCCAGCCCCUUAGUCCUCCAUCGUUGUGGCCGCUACUGGCCAGCCCUGAGUGUGGCUUUCUCUCUUUCUGGUUAGCAUUGGAGCACAUAUGUUAUAAUUGGUAUUUUUAAUGAUUAUAUUUAAUACAAUGAAAUAAAAACAUAUAUUUUCCUAUUUUUAAGUCUCAUUUCGCCAAAUAAAUUGCUCAAAAUUGUAUAAUUUGUGUCUGGUCAAUUACUUGUUGCAUGCCACCAUUAUUCCAGGACCCAGCGGUCACAAUUAGAAUAUCCCAAGUUGCAAUUGAAUAAGUGAACUCUCAACUCUGCUAGCUACAAAAACAGUGCCAAAUAGCUUGUGGUGGCGGGCGUGGUUUCAGCUCGGCUGCAGGGGGGAGAGAGGGGGAGUGGCUCGGGGAACAGUGCCAGGUGAAAACAAUAACAAUCAGCAGGCAAUGUGUGUGUGUGCUCUCCCCAUUUGAGCAGUGAGGCGGGCGAGCGAAGAGAGGCCCCCGAAUGAGCGAGCAGGACGCCGGCACGUGUGCUGCAAAAGCAGAAAAAUAAAAGAAUUAGAAACUGGCAGACUGGUCUCCAGCGUCUUCCUCCCAAACCUGACCCCGCACACCUUACAGUGGCGCCCAACUCGGCGGAUGACGGACAAAAGGCAGCAGGAUAUGCCGACCCAACCGGCGCUCGCACUGGCGCAGAUGAUUGGGGAGCUGGCGGGGAUCCAACGCGAGCAGGCAGAGGCGAACUGUAAGUUCAUGGGGAUGCUCCAGGUCCAGGUGGGGAGGCAGGCCCAGGCGCUGGAGCAAUUGGUGGAGCGGUCGCGACCCGCACCUCCACCACCGGGGCCGACAGCGUUGGCAAGCCUGACCCUCCACCGCAUGACAGCAGAGGACGACGCCCAGGCGUUCAUGGAAGCCUUCGAGGCAACGGCGGAGGCGUGCGGAUGGCCGGAGGGGGAAUGGGCCGUGAGGCUGCUCCCGCUGCUGACCGGAGAGGCGCAGACGGCCGCCAUGGGGCUUCCCCCGGCGGCCCGGCGGGACUACCCCGAGGUGCGGAAGGCCGUGGUCGACCGGCUGGGACUGCUGCCCGAGGACCACCGCCGGCGAUUCCGGAGUGCCAGGAUGGGACCGGAGGACCGACCCUUCGCCUACGGGCAGCGGCUCCGGGACGCGGCCGCCAGGUGGCUCCAGCCGAACGGGGCGGGGACGGCGUCGGAGGUCGUGGAGAAGGUGGUACUGGAGCAGUUUGUGGAGGGGCUCCCGGCCCGCACGGCGGCGUGGGUCCGGUACCACCGCUCACCGACGCUACAGGCAGCCACCACACUGGCUGAGGACUGGCGGUGCACCCCAGCGGGCGGGGCGACCGGGAGGGCAUGCCGCCAUCCAGCCGAGGAGCAGCCGCGCCACGGGGAUGGAGCCAGCAGCCGACCGCGGGGCAGCCCGUACCGGCCCCACGGAGGGCGCCGAUCGCCCUACACCGGGACCCCCCAACCUCAGCAAGCCCCGGCACCCUUCCUGACCCGCCGGGAGGUUCUCGAACGUCAGGGCAGGAGUGCUGGAGGUGCGGGCAGCCCGGUCACCUGCGGAGGGAGUGCCCGCUGAUGGAGGUGGGCCAGGUGAUCCGGGUUGCCGGCGCUCCAUCACCCUCCCCCGGCCCGGGAGCGACGUACCACUUUCGGGUAAGAAUCCAGGGGGGUACACGCCAGGCGAUGGUGGAUUCGGGCUGUUCGCAGUCCAUGAUACACCAGAGCCUGGUUCGACCGGGGGCAUUGAUGGAGGCGUCGCGGGUGAAAAUUAGGUGUGUGCACGGGGACAUUCAAGAGUAUCCCAUAGUGUCCGUCGAACUUAGGUUCAAGGGGAAAAAAUAUAGAAUAAAGGUCGCGGUUAGCUCCCACCUGACGCACCCAGUAAUUUUGGGAACGGAUUGGGAGGGAUUUAACACGCUAAUGGGAGAUGGUAUUUGUGCUGUGCUCAGCGGUGACGCGAGGUCGUCCGACGCCGCCGGGGGAGGGGGGGAACCGGCGGAGCCUCCCGUGGAGACUCCGGCGGUUCCCGAGUUCCGCUCCAUGGAAGAUUUUCCACUCGAGCAGUCUUGUGACGAUACUCUACGCUCAGCCUACAACCAAGUGAUAAUAAUUAAUGGUCAUUUGGUGCGCCCUGACGCAGCACAGUCGUACCCGCACUUUUCAUUGAUUAGGGACAGACUGUAUAGAGUGAGUCGUGACACUGGAAGGGGGCAGGAAAACACACAGUUGCUGGUGCCGAAAAGCCGCCGGAAAUAAUACGAAUAAAGACAGAGUUCUGCAAUACGACAAGUGUCCGUGCCCUCAUUCCGGAGAACCCGGCAAACGAUAGCCAGAGACGGCUACACCACUAUAUACUCACAUAUACAUAUAUAUUACACAUAGUGGGUUAUAUAUUCUAAAAUUACUUUAAAGAGAGAAAAAAAUCUACUUAUGAGCAUGAGAAAAAUCUGUAGUAUUUUUUUUUACCUUGCACACUAUGUUAAAAUUGGAUGUCAGCGUACCAAAAUACAAAGACAGUGAAAUUGCCAAAAAUGUGUUAUUCACUCAAUUCAAAAUAGCGGAAAAAGACAUGCUAGCGGUCGGCGGCCGGGCUGGCACAAUCUAUUUUUUCUUUGCAGCGCCAGCCUCACUGCUCAUUUCAACAGAUAGGACAGCUCUCACCCGGCACCCGCGCGCACACUGGUCUGAUGCGUCACAACUUCAAUCCUUCAACUUCAACAACCGGGAGUUUUUCGCGCGUCAUUGACUUAGCAGGCUGUGAUUGAAAAUCGGGACUGGAUCUGUCAAAUCCAAAUUGUCCAUAAUUCGUGAUGUCCCGGGUAAUACGGGACGGUUGGCAACCCUACAGAAACAUUAGUCGAACAUAGCCUGGCUGGGCCUGGCUGGGCCACAACGAAGGUGAUGACGAUUUAACUGUCAACUCAUUUAAUGAAUAUUAUAAUAAGGCAACAAACAUAAUCGUUGUCGGUUGUAGCUAUUAUGAAGUCUGAGUGUCCGGUUGUCAUUUGUCAAAUUGUCACUUAAAAGUUACUGCAAUGGCCACUCAGCUACAGUCAAAUAACACAGCAUAAGCCCCAGUCUACCUCAUCUGAUGGAUUUCUUGUCCAAUCUUUUUUGAUUUGCUUCCACUAUUAAUGCUCUUUUAGAGAUCCUAAAUUGAGACUCUGAAAGAUCAGAGAAUAGGAGACAAUACAAGAGAAGAAACAAACAGAUAAGUUCCGUGUGCCACAUUAUCAUGUUAAAAACGUUUACUUAGCUCUCUACCAACCCUUUUAUUUCCCUUCUUUGCCUUUCUCAAAAUUGUAAUAUGCUUCUUUAGACAGAAACGCUUUCGUUUGUCUAACCGGUCGAACGCCACCUCCCUCUGCACCACCCCAACAGAUCAAAUGGACCUGUCAAUGUCGCCCACCGCCGCUCCGCCCGCCAGUCCGUUGGCUGUAAUAGCCGCACCCUCUCCAGCGUUAGUCGUGCCGACUUGCUUUCUCCGCGGACACGCGAACCGAUUGUGUGCAACCUUGCCACACUCAAAACACCUGAGCUGCCCGGAGCUGGAGCUGCUCUCUGAGGACGCAAUUCCUUCGAAAGCACCUCAACAAAAAUCUCAAAGAGUCAGUUUUGAAACUCACCUGCUUAGCACAAAAGAUUAUUCUAAGACAAUCGAACACGAUUCAAAAGAAUCUGACACUCGCACGACCCCUCACGCUCUCACUCACCAGAACCGGAAAGAGAGAGGGAAAGAGAGAGGAAUUGCGAGAAGUGUGACAAUUCCAUUGCGGUGGCCACCUCGGUUUGUGUACCCUUGGUUGGUAUGUGUGGCCGAAUCGAUAUUGGUAAUAUAUUAAUGAAUGCACAGAACAGACACGUGUCUUUAUUGUCAUUUAUACGCACGCCGUGUUCUCUGUACGUUCGGAGGCUCUUUUUCGGGUUUUACGGACACGGCCCUGCGAAUGUUGCGAAAGCGGUCCCGUGCUAUUUACGGAUCACCGCACAGUCACUCGCCCGCUCGACACCGUAAAGUACAAGCCGUAUGCUCUCCCGACAUGUCGAAUGUCUACCUGUGCGGUCCCGGUGAGUGUCGAUGUUGUCCCGUGCAUGUGUGUGUGCGUGCGCCAACAGGUAAGCUCGCGAGUGCAUCCCAAGAAAUCCCCACGAGGCAAACCGGGGCGAGGCAAAAUGAUCCAGGGUUCUUUCUCGCCGCAGGGCCUGACGAAGCGGGUGUGGAGGGAGCCCGGAGAAGCCGUGACCGUCAGGUGCCGAUCUUCCCAUCCGAACACUGAGUACCUGAGUCUAAUGACAGGUCCCUGCGGUGACGUAAGAGUCCUGUUCAAAGACGACCAGCCGGGGGGGUGGCACCGCCGCCCUGGAAUACCAAGGCAGACUUCGGUGUAGCGGAACGUUCCCGGACAUUUUAUAUACUCUGCAGUGUGUGGGUGGGAGAUCUGCUCAAGCCUCAGCAAGAGUCUCACAGAAACUUCGAGGCUUGCAGCAGUUCCAGCUGCACUCUUUGCUGUCCUGGCUCCCAGAUGGUGGAAUGAGCUCUCUGACGACAUCAGGACUGCAGAGAGCCUCUACAUCUACUGCCGAAAACUCAAGACACAUCUCUUUAGACUCUACCUUGAGUAAAACACUAACAAACUGUAGCACUAACAAAUCAUAGCACUUAAAUUAUACUUAUAAUGGCACUUUUCUAUAACAUGUUUUGAAACUGCUUAUUUGAUGAAAAGUGUACUUUCUUGUUACUUGUCCUUCUGAGUUUGUAUCUCUAUGUGGAAAUGGACUUAUUGUAAGUCGCUUUGGAUAAAAGCGUCAGCUAAAUGACAUGACAUGCCACAACGCCUUGCACCACGUCACAGUCAAGCAUCAUCUUGUGCUGCAUUACAGGUACCAAACCCAACUCCAUACCUCGCAUCAGAAUAAAAUCCCCUGUUUCUGUUGCAGGUGAAAAAGGCAAUGCUGAUUUCAAAAUAAAGGAAUGCUUUGCACCCGUGUCUCUCAAAAUCUUUAUAGACACACGCCCCUCCCUUCCCACCAGAAAAACUACAGCAUCAGCAACAAAAGGCUCAAAAUCAUGACUCUCUGGACUAACAUUCAAGAUUUGGCCCCUAAACACUGGAACAGGACAGAGCUGUAGCAGAUGGAUACAACUUGCGUUUAUUCCUAUUCCGUAACACAGGGCACUGAUCUUACCAAUGGCCCGAGCCGUGACAAUAAUGACUUUUGCCACCAUCAUCUCUCACCCAUGAGGCUUUAAAUGCAUGCGUGGGACGGGCUACUAAAGACUGGACCCCAAAAGGAGCGCUCCCGAAGUUGUUACCUUCAUGUCUCCGAUCAAGGGUUGAGCACCCUUGACCAAAACCACUUUUGUGCAACACAAAAUCGUCCGCCAGCUCAGCUGCUCUAAGGGUAGUGGUUGCUUCCUGUUCACUUAAAUACGUAGCAAUACACGUUACCAACGUGUAUCUAACGUUACCAACACGUGGCUAACGUAACCAACACGUGCAUUUAAGAACCUCUUAUCAAAGAACCGAGGUUAUGUUAAGUAACCCAAAGUUAUUUUUCUGACUUCGUUGCGGUCACUAUGGGAGAUAAAGACCGCUCCCAUGCCAUUCCAAGUCAUCCCAAGCCAAGUCCAAAAAAAAUUAACCCGGUAAAGACUCUCACACGGACGCUGGCGCGUUGGCCUUUAGCACAGUGUGUGCUAACGACGGCCCUGAGACAUCGAGCCUGUAAAACCUUAC